AUGGACAAGUGGCUGCAAGGAAACUAUUCCGAAAGAAUUUUGCAACAAGUAUUACACGAAAAUCAAUCUCAGCUGGAAACCAAAAUACCCACUGCUCAAGAUUUAGUGUUUGAUGUCGUGGAGUUUAUCAAAAGUGACCAAUAUGAAAAAUUAGAAAAGAAUAUUCCUAUUGAAAUUGUACAACAUGUCAUAGACAAGUAUACGGUCAAUGAAUUCUUUCAGCGUUCACUUGAAGAGUUUUACCCCUAUUUAUGCAACGACGAACGUUUUUUGAAAAACCUCAUUGCGAAUCAUAGCGUGCUAAUGAGCGAACUGAUGUAUUUCAUUCUCACCAUCUUGUUAAAUUCUAAAUCUCCACAUGUAACGCAAGGUAUCAAAAGAGUGUUAACUCCUCAAUUAUUCCAUGAACGAAUUCUGAUGGACAAACAUAAUGACUCUGAAAAGUAUUUUACCUUGAUACUUUGUUUGAUGGCUUUAAGCACCAUUCCACCAUUGGAGAAGCACAAUUCUCCUCAGUUAAAAGUAUGGACAGAUGCUAUUCUCUUAGUCUUGUCCUUAUUUGAACCCAUUGAGAAAGAAGAGGUCGAUUCACUUUUAAGAAUGUCUCUCCGCCAAGCCUAUGCUGACAGAUUUCAUUCUAAGGGUUUGAUUCAAAUGGUACUCUCAGAAGAUUUUAAAAAGAUACCAAAUGAGUUUAUUCAGUCUCGAUUAAACCCAAUUACCUUCAUGUGGUUCAUCAUGAAUAUUAUAGUUCAUGAAGCAUUCGAAGACAACACGCCCGACAUGGUGGAUAAACCAGAAUUGAUUUACAAGCGCAUGAAUGAUAUUCUCAAUGCACAGGACUCUCAAACUGGAAACACUCUCUUGCAUGAAAUUGCUUGCAACAAGAAUUUGAGCCCUCUUAAUCAAGCAAUCCAAUCCUCGCUCAUACUAUCAGGAACAUUGUUAUCGGAGGCGAUAUACGAAGAAGACGCCCUUCAUUUUGUCUUCAAAAAGAAAAACGCAGAAGGAAAAUCAGUAUUUCAAUGUGCCACAUUAUCAUUGAAGAUGCUUGGAAGUUUAUAUCCCCUGCUCGAGUUUACACCAUUUUUUGUUAUUUUUGCCCUUCCUUUGGUCUUGUUAUUGCUUGUUAUUGGCGGUGUUUUUGUGCUUGUAGUUUUGCUGCUGAGUAACAACCGAAACAACAUGGGAAAGAGAAGAAGAAAGAAUAAUAAAAAAGGUGGAGAAGAUGAAUCUCUAGAGCAAAAAUUGGAAGAGCGCCUUUCCAAAACUUGGUGUUAUUAUUGCGAUAGAGAAUUUGAUGAUGAGGCUAUUCUCAUCCAACAUCAAAAAACCAAACAUUUCAAAUGCCCCUACUGCCCAAAGAAAUUAGUAAGUGUAAAGGGAAUGAAGACUCAUGUGUUACAAGUUCACAAAGAAAACAUCAACUUUAUUCCGAACGCAAAACCCGAUAGAAAUACAUUUGAUUUUGAAAUUCAAGGGACACAAGGCAUUCCAGAGUAUAUCGCCCUAGAGAGACAAAAGAAAUUGGAGCUUGAAAUAUUCGGAAAAUCUGAUAUUCAAACACAAGGCGAGAAUUUACCAGGAUCUCUUUUUGCGUCCUCCUCCUCCUCUGAAUCUAACGUAACUAAUACUUCUAGUUUAUCAAAUUCUAUUAACAAUGAAAAUGAUGACCACACAGAUGCAGCAGAAGAGAGCACAAGCGAGAACGCUUUUGAACCUCAAACUAAAAAGGUCAAGCCUACUACCCAAGAGGGGGUUGGCUCUCAACCUAUUUCAUUCUCUCUUCAAAAGAAAAGCAACAAGAUUAUUUCCGCACCUCCAACCAUUUACAGAGCAGCACCAGUGCUUAAUACUAGCGUGAAUACCAACACACAGGAAGCCAACACUGCCACCAAUUUGAACGAGCCAGCUGAUGUUAGCACUCUUCAAACUAGUGUUGAAAAUCUGAAUGACAUUUCCAUUGAUGGUGAAGACGACACUACAAGUCACACAUCACAUCUUAUUUACAAAGAUUCCAUUUCUAUGGAGGAGAAACGAGUUCUAGAUCUGAAAUAA